AUGGUUGUGUUGGUGUUAGUGGUGAUGGUGGUGGUAAUGGUGGUGGUAGUGAAUGUCCCCCCAGACCUCUCCAUCUGCACCUUUGUGCUGGAACAGUCCCUCUCUGUCCGGGCCCUACAGGAGAUGCUGGCGAACACGAUGGAGAAGUCAGAAGGGAAAUUCAUGAUGAAGACUGCUCAAGGGGGUGGUCAUCGGACACUCCUCUACGGACACGCCAUCCUGCUGCGCCACUCCAACAGCGGCAUGUACCUGUGCUGCCUGUCCACCUCCCGGUCUUCAACUGACAAGCUGGCCUUUGACGUUGGCUUGCAAGAGGACACAACAGGCGAGGCUUGCUGGUGGACCAUACAUCCCGCCUCCAAGCAGCGGUCCGAGGGAGAGAAGGUGCGCGUUGGCGAUGACCUCAUCUUAGUGAGUGUGUCCUCCGAAAGGUACCUGCACCUGUCCUAUGGCAGCGGCAGCAGCAGCCUGCACGUGGACGCCGCUUUCCAGCUGACGCUCUGGAGCGUGGCCCCCAUCAGCUCAGGAAGUGAAGCGGCCCAAGGGUACCUGAUUGGCGGUGACGUCCUGAGGUUGCUGCACGGACACAUGGACGAGUGCCUCACCGUCCCCUCCGGGGAGCAUGGGGAGGAGCAGCGGAGAACUGUUCAUUAUGAAGGUGGUGCCGUGUCCGUCCACGCCCGGUCCCUGUGGAGACUGGAGACGCUGAGAGUUGCGUGGAGUGGGAGCCACAUACGGUGGGGCCAGCCUUUCCGACUGCGGCAUGUCACAACGGGAAAGUACCUGAGUCUCAUGGAAGACAAGAACCUUCUCCUCAUGGACAAAGAGAAAGCCGAUGUGAAGUCUACGGCCUUCACCUUCCGCUCUUCCAAGGAAAAAUUGGAUGCAGGGGUGAGAAAAGAAGUCGAUGGCAUGGGAACCUCUGAGAUCAAGUAUGGAGACUCGGUCUGCUACAUACAGCAUGUGAACACAGGCCUGUGGCUGACUUACCAGGCCGUGGACGUGAAGUCUGUGAGGAUGGGAGCCAUACAACGCAAGGCCAUCAUGCAUCACGAAGGCCACAUGGACGACGGCAUAAACUUGUCCAGGUCGCAGCACGAAGAGUCGCGGACAGCGCGGGUCAUCCGGAGCACCGUCUUCCUUUUCAACAGGUUUAUAAGGGGCCUGGAUGCUCUGGGCAGGAAGGCGAAGGUGCCCCCAGUGGACUUGCCCAUCGAGUCGGUCAGCCUGAGCCUGCGGGACCUGAUCAGCUACCUGCACCCGCCGGCCGAGCACCUGGAGCACGAGGACAGGCAGAACCGGCUGCGGGCCCUGAAGAACCGGCAGAACCUCUUCCAGGAGGAGGGGAUGAUCAGCCUCGUGCUCCAGUGCGUGGACCGGCUGCACGUCUACAGCAGCGCCGCCCACUUUGCCGAGGUGGCUGGCAGAGAGGCGGGGGAGUCCUGGAAGUCCAUUCUGAAUUCCCUGUAUGAGUUGCUGGGUAUUCUUGAAGUUUUGCACUGUGUGUUAGUAGAAAGUCCAGAAGCUCUAAAUAUUAUCAAAGAAGGGCAUAUUAAAUCCAUUAUUUCACUUUUAGACAAGCAUGGAAGAAAUCACAAGGUUCUGGACGUCUUGUGCUCUCUCUGCGUUUGCCACGGGGUGGCAGUCCGUUCCAACCAGCAUCUCAUCUGUGACAAUCUCCUGCCUGGAAGGGACCUGUUACUGCAGACACGCCUGGUGAACCACGUCAGCAGCAUGAGGCCCAACAUUUUCCUGGGCGUCAGCGAAGGCUCUGCUCAGUAUAAGAAGUGGUACUAUGAACUGAUGGUGGACCACACAGAGCCCUUCGUGACGGCCGAAGCCACCCACCUGCGCGUGGGCUGGGCGUCCACGGAAGGGUACUCUCCCUACCCCGGAGGGGGCGAGGAGUGGGGCGGGAACGGCGUUGGAGACGACCUCUUUUCCUAUGGAUUUGAUGGCCUGCACCUCUGGGCAGGCUGUAUCGCCAGCACCGUGAGCUCGCCAAACCAGCACCUGCUGAGGACCGAUGACGUCAUCAGCUGCUGUUUAGAUUUAAGUGCCCCAAGCAUCUCAUUCCGAAUUAAUGGACAGCCUGUUCAGGGGAUGUUUGAGAACUUCAACAUCGAUGGCCUCUUCUUUCCCGUUGUUAGUUUCUCUGCAGGAAUCAAGGUACGCUUUCUGCUUGGGGGGAGACACGGAGAAUUUAAAUUCCUUCCCCCACCGGGCUAUGCUCCUUGUUAUGAAGCUGUGCUGCCAAAAGAAAAGCUGAAAGUGGAACACAGCCGCGAGUAUAAGCAAGAGAGAACUUACACCCGGGACCUGCUGGGCCCCACAGUUGCCCUGACCCAAGCCGCCUUCACGCCGGUCCCUGUGGACACCAGCCAGAUCGUGUUGCCCCCCCACCUGGAGAGGAUAAGAGAAAAGCUGGCAGAGAACAUCCAUGAGCUCUGGGUUAUGAAUAAAAUUGAACUUGGCUGGCAGUAUGGCCCGGUCAGAGAUGACAACAAGAGGCAGCACCCGUGUCUGGUGGAGUUCUCCAAGCUGCCGGAGCAGGAGCGCAACUACAACCUGCAGAUGUCGCUCGAGACCCUGAAGACCUUGUUGGCAUUAGGAUGCCACGUGGGAAUAUCAGAUGAACAUGCAGAGGAAAAGGUGAAAAAGAUGAAGCUCCCCAAGAAUUACCAGCUGACAAGUGGCUACAAGCCGGCACCGAUGGACCUGAGCUUUAUCAAACUCACCCCGUCUCAGGAAGCAAUGGUGGACAGACUGGCAGAAAACGCUCACAACGUGUGGGCCCGGGACCGGAUCCGGCAGGGCUGGACCUACGGCAUCCAGCAGGACGUCAAGAACAGAAGAAACCCACGCCUUGUGCCCUACACCCUUCUCGAUGACAGAACCAAGAAGUCCAACAAGGACAGCCUCCGGGAGGCGGUGCGCACGCUGCUGGGGUACGGGUACAGCCUGGAGGCGCCCGACCAAGACCACGCUGCCCGAGCGGAAGUGUGCAGCAGCCCUGGGGAACGGUUCCGGAUCUUCCGGGCUGAGAAAACAUACGCCGUGAAGGCCGGAAGGUGGUACUUUGAGUUCGAGGCUGUCACUGCUGGGGACAUGCGCGUUGGCUGGAGCAGGCCAGGCUGCCAGCCUGAUCAGGAGCUGGGCUGCGACGAACACGCCUUCGCCUUUGAUGGCUUCAAGGCCCAGCGGUGGCACCAGGGCAAUGAGCACUACGGGCGCUCCUGGCAAGCAGGCGAUGUCAUGGGGUGCAUGGUGGACAUGACGGAGCGCACCAUGAUGUUCACACUGAACGGCGAAAUCCUUCUUGAUGACUCAGGGUCAGAACUGGCUUUUAAGGACUUUGAUGUUGGUGACGGAUUCAUACCUGUGUGCAGCCUUGGGGUGGCUCAGGUGGGAAGGAUGAACUUUGGAAAGGACGUGAGCACCUUGAAGUAUUUCACCAUUUGUGGCUUACAGGAGGGCUAUGAGCCAUUCGCCGUUAAUACAAACAGGGACAUUACCAUGUGGCUAAGCAAGCGACUUCCUCAGUUUCUCCAGGUUCCAUCAAACCAUGAACAUAUUGAGGUGACCAGAAUAGACGGCACCGCGGACAGCUCUCCGUGUUUAAAGGUCACUCAGAAGUCCUUCAGUUCCCAGAACAGCAGCACGGACAUCAUGUUCUACCGGCUGAGCAUGCCCAUCGAGUGCGCAGAGGUCUUCUCCAGGACGGCGGCCGGGGGGCUCCCGGGUGCCGGCCUCUUCGGGCCCAAGAGUGAUCUGGAGGAUUACGACGUGGAUUCUGAUUUUGAGGUUCUGAUGAAGACAGCUCAUGGCCAUCUGGUGCCCGAUCGAGUGGACAAAGACAAAGAAGCUACAAAACCAGAGUUUAAUAACCACAAAGAUUACGCGCAGGAAAAGCCCUCUCGUCUGAAACAAAGAUUUUUGCUUAGAAAAACAAAGCCAGAUUACAGCACGAGCCAUUCCGCGAGGCUCACUGAGGAUGUCCUUGCCGAUGAUCGAGACGACUACGAUUACCUGAUGCAGACGUCCACGUACUAUUACUCGGUGAGGAUCUUCCCUGGACAGGAGCCGGCCAGCGUCUGGGUGGGCUGGGUCACGGCCGACUUCCACCAGUACGACACGUGCUUCGACUUGGACAGAGUUCGCACCGUAACCGUGACUCUGGGAGACGAAAAAGGGAAAGUGCACGAGAGCAUCAAACGCAGCAACUGCUACAUGGUGUGUGCGGGCGAGAGCAUGAGCCCCGGGCAGGUCCGCAACAACAACGGGCUGGAGAUCGGCUGCGUGGUGGACGCCGCCAGCGGGCUGCUCACCUUCACGGCCAACGGCAAGGAGCUGAGCACCUACUACCAGGUGGAGCCAAGCACCAAAUUAUUUCCUGCAGUUUUUGCACAAGCCACAAGUCCCAAUGUUUUCCAGUUUGAGUUGGGAAGAAUAAAGAACGUGAUGCCUCUCUCGGCGGGACUCUUCAAGAGCGAGCACAGGAACCCCGUGCCUCAGUGUCCCCCGCGCCUCCACGUGCAGUUCCUGUCCCACGUCCUGUGGAGCAGAAUGCCCAACCAGUUUCUGAAGGUGGACGUGUCACGGGUCAGCGAGCGCCAGGGCUGGCUGGUGCAGUGCGUGGACCCCCUGCAGUUCAUGUCCCUGCACAUCCCUGAGGAGAACAGGUCCGUGGACAUCCUGGAGCUGACGGAGCAGGAGGAGCUGCUGCGCUUCCACUCGCACACCCUGCGGCUGUACUCGGCCGUGUGUGCCCUGGGCAACCACCGCGUGGCACACGCGCUCUGCAGCCACGUGGACGAGGCACAGCUGCUGUACGCCAUCGAGAGCAAGUACAUGCCCGGCCUGCUGCGCACGGGCUACUACGACCUGCUCAUCGACAUCCACCUGAGCGCCUACGCCACCGCGCGGCUCAUGAUGAACAACGAGUUCAUCGUGCCCAUGACCGAGGAGACCAAGAGCAUCACGCUCUUCCCAGACAAGCACAAGGAGCACGGGCUGCCGGGCAUCGGCCUCAGCACCUCGCUGCGGCCACGCAUGCGCUUCUCCUCGCCGAGCUUUGUGUGCCUCAAUCACGACUGCUACCAGUACAGCCCCGAGUUCCCACUGGACACGCUCAAGGCCAAGACCAUGCAGAUGCUGACUGAGGUGGUGCAGGAGGGCGGACUGCGCACGAGGGACCCCGUAGGGGGCACCACUGAGUUCCUCUUCGUGCCGCUUAUCAAGCUCUUCUACACGCUGCUCACAAUGGGUGUCUUCCAAGGGGAGGACCUGAAGCACAUCCUGCAACUGAUUGAGCCCCGGGUGUUCAAGGAGGCCUCCCUGGAGGAGGAGCACCAGGCACCACUCAAGGAGCCCCACACCGAAGAUGCCAGGCCCGAGGGCAUACGAGGGGAUGCGGCAGAGGGGCUGCUGCAGAUGAAACUGCCUGAGCCUGUGAAGCUCCAGAUGUGCCUGCUCCUGCAGUACCUCUGCGACUGCCAGGUCCGACACCGCAUAGAAGCCAUCGUGGCCUUUUCAGACGACUUUGUCGCUAGGCUCCAGGACAACCAGCGCUUCCGCUAUAACGAAGUCAUGCAAGCCCUGAACAUGUCGGCCGCACUCACAGCCCGGAAGACGAAGGAGUUCAGGUCGCCCCCACAAGAACAGAUCAAUAUGCUUCUCAAUUUUAAGGAUGACAAAAACGAGUGUCCAUGUCCAGAGGAAAUUCGAGACCAACUCUUAGAUUUUCAUGAAGAUCUGAUGGCACAUUGUGGAAUUGAGCUGGAUGACGAUGGGUCUCUGGACGGAAACAGUGACCUAACAAUUAGAGGGCGCCUGCUGUCCCUGGUGGAGAAGGUGACGUCCCUGAAGAAGAAGCAGGCUGACAAGCCAGCGGAGAGUGCCUCCGACAAGUCCUCCACUCUUCAGCAGCUGAUCUCUGAGACGAUGGUGCGGUGGGCUCAGGAGUCUGUCAUCGAGGACCCCGAGCUGGUGAGGGCCAUGUUCGUGCUGCUUCACCGGCAGUAUGACGGCAUCGGGGGUCUGGUCCAGGCCCUGCCCAAGACCUACACCAUCAGCGCUGUCUCCGUGGAGGACACCAUCAACCUGCUGGCCUCCCUGGGCCAGAUCCGCUCUCUGCUGAGUGUGAGGAUGGGCAGAGAAGAGGAGAAGCUCAUGAUUCGGGGACUAGGGGACAUUAUGAAUAAUAAAGUGUUUUACCAGCACCCUAACCUCAUGAGGGCACUGGGGAUGCACGAGACAGUGAUGGAGGUCAUGGUGAACGUCCUUGGUGGUGGGGAGUCCAAGGAGAUCACUUUUCCCAAGAUGGUAGCCAACUGUUGCCGUUUCCUCUGUUACUUCUGUCGUAUAAGCCGGCAGAACCAAAAAGCUAUGUUUGACCAUCUCAGUUACUUAUUGGAAAACAGCAGUGUUGGUCUAGCUUCGCCAGCGAUGAGAGGUUCGACGCCCCUGGACGUGGCGGCGGCCUCGGUGAUGGACAACAAUGAGCUGGCCUUAGCGCUGCGCGAGCCGGACCUGGAGAAGGUGGUCCGGUAUUUGGCCGGCUGUGGACUGCAGAGCUGCCCGAUGCUGGUGGCCAAGGGCUACCCAGACAUCGGCUGGAACCCAGUCGAAGGGGAGAGAUAUCUCGACUUUCUCAGAUUUGCUGUUUUCUGUAACGGGGAGAGCGUGGAGGAGAACGCGAACGUGGUGGUGCGGCUGCUCAUCCGCAGGCCCGAGUGCUUCGGCCCCGCCCUGCGCGGCGAGGGUGGGAACGGGCUCCUCGCAGCCAUGGAGGAGGCCAUCAAAAUCGCCGAGGACCCUUCUCGAGAUGGCCCCUCACCAACCAGCGGGUCCAGCAAAACCCCUGACACAGCGGAGGAGGACAACACCAUCCACAUGGGGAACGCCAUCAUGACCUUCUAUGCGGCUUUGAUUGACCUGUUAGGACGUUGUGCUCCUGAAAUGCAUUUGAUUCACGCCGGGAAGGGGGAAGCCAUCAGGAUCAGAUCAAUUUUGAGGUCCCUGAUUCCACUGGGAGAUUUGGUGGGCGUGAUCAGCAUCACUUUCCAGAUGCCUGCGAUAGCCAAAGAUGGGAAUGUGGUGGAGCCUGACAUGUCUGCGGGGUUCUGCCCAGAUCACAAGGCAGCCAUGGUUUUGUUCCUUGACAGGGUCUAUGGCAUUGAGGUUCAGGAUUUCCUCCUCCACCUCCUGGAGGUUGGCUUUCUGCCAGAUCUCCGGGCUGCUGCUUCCUUAGACACGGCUGCUUUGAGUGCUACGGACAUGGCCUUGGCCCUCAAUCGGUACCUCUGCACGGCCGUGUUGCCUUUGUUAACAAGAUGUGCUCCUCUUUUUGCUGGCACAGAGCACCACGCUUCCCUCAUCGACUCGUUGCUUCAUACCGUGUACAGACUUUCUAAGGGCUGCUCACUGACCAAAGCUCAGCGGGAUUCCAUAGAAGUUUGUUUGCUCUCUAUUUGUGGCCAACUGAGACCUUCUAUGAUGCAGCACUUACUCAGGAGAUUCGUGUUUGAUGUCCCGCUGUUAAAUGAGCAUGCAAAGAUGCCCCUUAAGCUGCUGACAAACCACUAUGAAAGGUGCUGGAAGUACUACUGCCUGCCGGGCGGGUGGGGGAACUUCGGAGCUGCCUCAGAGGAAGAACUUCAUUUAUCAAGAAAAUUGUUCUGGGGCAUUUUUGAUGCCCUGUCUCAAAAGAAAUAUGAACAAGAGCUUUUCAAACUGGCUCUGCCGUGCCUGAGUGCGGUGGCGGGCGCACUGCCCCCGGACUACAUGGAGUCAAACCAUGUGGGCAUGAUGGAGAAGCAGUCAUCCAUGGAUUCGGAGGGGAACUUCAACCCCCAGCCUGUGGAAACCUCAAAUAUUACGAUUCCUGAGAAGCUGGAAUACUUCAUUAACAAAUAUGCUGAGCACUCCCACGACAGGUGGUCCAUGGACAAGUUGGCCAAUGGAUGGAUUUAUGGAGAAACUUAUUCAGACUCAUCUAAAGUUCAACCAUUAAUGAAGCCAUAUAAACUAUUAUCUGAAAAGCCAGGCCUCCCUUACCUGGCCAGGCUGCGGCGCAUCUCUCAGACCAGCCAGGUUUCUGUGGAUGCUGCUCAUGGGUACAGCCCCCGGGCCAUUGACAUGAGCAAUGUCACACUGUCCAGGGACCUGCAUGCUAUGGCAGAAAUGAUGGCUGAAAACUACCAUAAUAUAUGGGCAAAGAAGAAGAAAAUGGAACUGGAGUCCAAAGGAGGCGGGAACCACCCCCUGCUGGUGCCUUACGAUACGCUGACCGCCAAAGAGAAAGCCAAGGACCGGGAGAAAGCACAGGACAUCCUCAAGUUCUUGCAGAUCAACGGCUACGCUGUGUCCAGAGGGUUCAAGGACCUGGAGUUGGACGCGCCUACGAUUGAGAAGCGAUUUGCCUACAGCUUCCUCCAGCAGCUCAUCCGCUACGUGGACGAAGCCCAUCAGUAUAUCUUGGAGUUUGAUGGCGGCAGCAGAGGCAAAGGACAGCGCUUCCCUUACGAGCAAGAAAUCAAGUUCUUUGCCAAAGUUGUCCUGCCUCUAAUUGAUCAGUAUUUCAAAAACCAUCGUUUAUACUUCCUGUCUGCAGCGAGCAGACCGCUGUGCUCUGGAGGACAUGCGUCAAACAAGGAGAAGGAAAUGGUGACGAGCCUGUUCUGCAAACUCGGAGUUCUUGUCAGGCAUAGGAUCUCACUGUUUGGAAACGAUGCAGCAUCCAUUGUCAACUGUCUUCACAUUUUGGGUCAGACUCUGGAUGCAAGGACCGUCAUGAAGACCGGCCUGGAGAGUGUGAAGGGCGCACUCAGUGCGUUUCUGGACAGCGCAGCGGAGGACCUGGACAGGACCCUGGAGAACCUGAAGGAGGGCCAGUUCACGCACACCCGCAGCCAGCCGCGGGGCGUCACGCAGAUCAUCAACUACACGACGGUGGCGCUGCUGCCUGUGCUGUCCUCCCUGUUCGAGCACAUCGGCCAGCACCAGUUCGGGGAAGACCUGAUCCUGGAAGAUGUACAGGUGUCCUGUUAUAGAAUUCUGACGAGCUUAUAUGCUCUCGGUACGAGCAAGAGUAUUUAUGUGGAAAGGCAGCGAUCUGCGGUGGGCGAGUGUCUGGCGGCCUUUGCGGGUGCCUUCCCGGUGGCGUUUCUGGAAACUCAUCUCAACAAACACAACAGCUGCUCCAUCUACAAUACUAGCUCCUCACGGGAGAGAGCAGCUCUCAAUCUGCCAGCCAACGUGGAAGAUGUUUGUCCAAAUAUCCCAUCUUUGGAGAAACUGAUGGAAGAGAUUGUGGAGCUGGCUGAGUCCGGGAUCCGCUACACGCAGAUGCCGCACGUGAUGGAAGUCAUCCUGCCCAUGCUUUGCAGCUACAUGUCCCGGUGGUGGGAGCAGGGGCCCGAGAGCAACCCCGAGAGGGCCGGGCUGUGCUGCACGGCUCUGAACUCGGAGCACAUGAACACCCUGCUGGGGAACAUCCUGAAAAUCAUCUACAACAACCUGGGGAUUGACGAGGGAGCCUGGAUGAAGAGGCUGGCAGUGUUUUCCCAGCCGAUUAUAAAUAAAGUGAAGCCUCAGCUCCUGAAAACUCAUUUCUUGCCAUUAAUGGAGAAACUGAAGAAAAAGGCAGCCAUGGUGGUCGCGGAGGAAGACCAUCUGAAAGCCGAGGCCAGAGGGGACAUGUCCGAGGCCGAGCUGCUCAUCCUGGACGAGUUCACCACACUGGCCAGGGACCUCUAUGCCUUCUACCCGCUCCUGAUCCGAUUCGUGGACUACAACAGGGCAAAGUGGCUCAAAGAACCGAGCCCGGAGGCCGAGGACCUGUUCCGCAUGGUGGCCGAGGUGUUCAUCUACUGGUCCAAGUCCCACAACUUCAAAAGAGAGGAGCAGAACUUCGUGGUCCAGAAUGAAAUCAACAACAUGUCCUUCCUCAUCUCUGACACCAAGUCCAAGAUGUCAAAGGCCGCUGUGUCCGACCAGGAGAGGAAGAAGAUGAGGCGGAAAGGAGACCGCUACUCCGUGCAGACCUCCCUCAUCGUGGCUGCGCUGAGGCGGCUGCUGCCCAUUGGGCUGAACAUCUGUGCCCCCGGAGACCAGGAGCUCAUUGCUCUGGCCAAGAACCGGUUGAGUAUGAAAGACACUGAGGAUGAAGUCCGAGAUAUAAUCCGCAGUAAUAUUCAUUUACAAGGCAAGUUGGAGGAUCCUGCUAUUAGAUGGCAAAUGGCUCUUUACAAAGACCUGCCGAACAGGCCUGAGGACAGUGCCGAUCCCGAGAAGACGGUGGAGCGAGUCCUGGACAUAGCGAGCGUGCUCUUCCAUCUCGAGCAGGUGGAGCACCCUCAGAGGUCGAAGAAGGCCGUGUGGCACAAGCUGCUCUCGAAGCAGCGGAAACGGGCGGUGGUGGCCUGCUUCCGCAUGGCCCCUCUCUACAACCUGCCAAGGCACCGGGCCGUCAAUCUUUUUCUUCAGGGGUAUGAGAAGUCCUGGAUUGAGACAGAAGAGCAUUACUUUGAGGAUAAACUGAUAGAAGACUUAGCGAAACCUGGAGCAGACCCUCCAGAGGAAGACGAAGGCACUAAGCGAGUUGAUCCCCUGCAUCAGCUGAUCCUUCUGUUCAGCCGAACGGCCUUAACGGAGAAAUGCAAACUGGAAGAGGAUUUUUUAUACAUGGCUUAUGCAGAUAUCAUGGCAAAGAGUUGUCAUGAUGAAGAUGACGAUGACAGUGAAGAAGAGGUGAAGAGUUUUGAAGUCACGGGAUCCCAGCGCAGCAAGGAAAAGGAAAUGGAGAAGCAGAAGCUUCUGUACCAGCAAGCCCGGCUGCAUGAGCGCGGCGCCGCCGAGAUGGUGCUGCAGACCAUCAGCGCCAGCAAAGGUGAAACUGGACCGAUGGUGGCUGCUACUUUGAAACUUGGAAUUGCUAUCCUAAAUGGUGGGAACUCCACAGUGCAGCAGAAAAUGCUCGACUACCUCAAGGAGAAGAAGGAUGUGGGUUUCUUCCAGAGCCUCGCGGGCCUGAUGCAGUCAUGCAGCGUCCUCGACCUAAACGCCUUUGAGCGGCAGAACAAAGCUGAAGGGCUGGGGAUGGUGACCGAGGAAGGAUCAGGCGAGAAGGUUCUUCAGGACGAUGAGUUCACCUGCGACCUCUUCCGCUUCCUGCAGCUGCUCUGCGAGGGGCACAACUCAGAUUUUCAGAAUUACCUGAGGACUCAGACGGGCAACAACACCACCGUGAACAUCAUCAUCUCCACUGUGGACUACCUGCUGCGGGUGCAGGAGUCCAUCAGUGAUUUCUAUUGGUACUACUCGGGGAAAGACGUGAUCGAUGAGCAAGGACAGCGGAACUUCUCCAAAGCAAUUCAAGUAGCAAAACAAGUGUUUAACACCCUCACAGAGUAUAUCCAGGGUCCGUGCACUGGGAACCAGCAGAGCCUGGCCCACAGCCGGCUCUGGGACGCAGUCGUGGGCUUCCUCCACGUGUUUGCCCACAUGCAGAUGAAGCUGUCCCAGGAUUCCAGUCAAAUCGAGCUCCUGAAAGAGCUGAUGGACCUGCAGAAGGACAUGGUGGUCAUGCUGCUGUCCAUGUUGGAAGGUAACGUCGUGAACGGGACCAUCGGCAAGCAGAUGGUCGACAUGCUUGUGGAGUCGUCCAACAACGUGGAGAUGAUCCUCAAAUUCUUCGACAUGUUCUUAAAACUAAAGGACUUGACCUCUUCUGACACGUUUAAGGAAUACGACCCCGACGGCAAGGGCGUCAUCUCCAAGAGGGACUUCCACAAAGCGAUGGAGAGCCACAAGCACUACACGCCGUCGGAGACCGAGUUCCUGCUGUCCUGUGCGGAGACGGACGAGAACGAAACCCUGGACUACGAGGAGUUCGUGAAGCGCUUCCACGAGCCGGCCAAGGACAUCAGCUUCAACGUGGCCGUGCUGCUGACCAACCUCUCGGAGCACAUGCCCAACGACUCGCGGCUGCAGACCUUCCUGGAGCUGGCGGAGAGCGUGCUGCGCUACUUCCAGCCCUUCCUGGGCCGCAUCGAGAUCAUGGGCAGCGCCAAGCGCAUCGAGCGCGUGUACUUCGAGAUCAGCGAGUCCAGCCGCACGCAGUGGGAGAAGCCGCAGGUCAAGGAGUCCAAGCGCCAGUUCAUCUUCGACGUGGUCAACGAGGGCGGCGAGAAAGAGAAGAUGGAGCUCUUCGUGAACUUCUGCGAGGACACCAUCUUCGAGAUGCAGCUGGCGGCCCAGAUCUCCGAGUCGGACCUGAGCGAGCGGCAGGCCAGCAAGGAGGAGAGUGAGAAGGAGAAGCCGGAGGAGCAGAGCCCGAGGACGGGCUUCUUCUCCCUGCUGACCGUCCGCUCGGCCCUGCUGGCGCUCAGGCACAACCUGCUGACGCUCCUGCGCAUGCUCAGCCUGAAGAGCCUGAAGAAGCAGAUGAAGAAGGUGAAGAAGAUGACGGUGAGGGACAUGGUCACGGCGCUCUUCUCCUCCUACUGGGGGGCGCUGGCGAGCCUGCUGCACGUGGUGGCCAGCGUGCUGCGCGGCUUCUCCCGCAUCGUGGGCAGCCUGCUCCUGGGGGGCAGCCUGGUGGAGGGCGCGAAGAAGAUCAGGGUGGCGGAGCUCCUGGCCGACAUGCCGGACCCCACGCAGGACGAGGUGCGGGACGACGGGGAGGAGGGCGAGCGGAAGCCGCUGGAGGCCGCCCUGCCCUCGGAGGACCUCACCGACCUGAAGGAGCUGACGGAGGAGAGCGACCUGCUCUCCGACAUCUUCGGCCUGGACCUGAAGCGGGAAGGGGGGCAGUACAGACUCAUCCCUCAUAACCCCAACGCUGGCCUCAGCGACCUCAUGAGCAACCCAGACCCCGUUCCCGAGGCGCCAGAGAAAGUGCAGGAACAGGAGACAAAAGAGGAAGAAAAGGAAGAAAAAGAAGAAAACAGAUCGGAACCCGAGAAAGCCGAGGGAGAAGAUGGAGAGAAAGAAGAAAAGGCCAAAGACGAGAAGGGCCGGCAGAAGCUGCGGCUGAUCCACACGCACAGAUACGGGGAGCCCGAGGCCCCCGAGUCCGUGUUCUGGAAGAAGAUCAUCGCUUAUCAGCAGAAGCUUCUGAACUAUUUUGCUCGCAACUUUUACAACAUGAGAAUGUUGGCCUUAUUUGUCGCCUUUGCAAUCAACUUCAUCUUGCUCUUCUAUAAGGUCUCCACUUCUUCUGUGGUUGAAGGCAAGGAGCUCCCCCCUCGCAGCGCCAGCGAAAGCGCCAGAGUCAGCAGCCCCGACGACGGCGGUGAUGACGCGCCGGGCGUCCUGGCGGUGCACUACGUGCUGGAGGAGAGCAGCGGCUACAUGGAGCCCACGCUGCGCAUCCUGGCCGUGCUGCACACCGUCAUCUCCUUCUUCUGCAUCAUCGGCUACUACUGCCUGAAAGUCCCGCUGGUUAUUUUUAAGCGCGAAAAGGAAGUCGCUCGGAAAUUGGAAUUUGACGGGCUUUACAUUACAGAGCAGCCUUCAGAAGACGAUAUUAAAGGCCAGUGGGAUCGACUCGUAAUCAACACACAGUCAUUUCCCAACAACUACUGGGACAAAUUUGUCAAAAGAAAGGUUAUGGAUAAAUACGGCGAGUUCUAUGGCCGGGACAGAAUCAGCGAGUUGCUUGGCAUGGACAAAGCCGCCCUGGACUUCAGCGACGCCCGGGAGAAAAAGAAGCCCAAGAAAGACAGCUCCCUGGCGGCGGUACUGAACUCCAUCGACGUGAAGUAUCAGAUGUGGAAACUCGGAGUUGUUUUCACUGACAAUUCCUUCCUGUACCUGGCCUGGUACAUGACCAUGUCCGUGCUGGGGCACUACAACAACUUCUUCUUUGCUGCUCAUCUUCUCGACAUCGCGAUGGGGUUCAAGACGCUGAGGACCAUCUUGUCGUCAGUAACGCACAAUGGCAAGCAGCUGGUGUUAACCGUGGGCUUAUUAGCCGUUGUCGUGUACCUGUACACGGUUGUGGCAUUCAAUUUCUUCCGAAAAUUCUACAAUAAAAGUGAGGAUGGAGACACACCAGAUAUGAAAUGUGACGACAUGCUGACGUGCUACAUGUUCCACAUGUACGUGGGGGUGCGAGCUGGAGGCGGCAUCGGCGAUGAGAUUGAGGACCCGGCGGGCGAUGAGUAUGAGAUCUAUCGGAUCAUCUUCGACAUCACCUUCUUCUUCUUCGUGAUUGUCAUCCUCUUGGCGAUAAUACAAGGUUUAAUCAUCGAUGCGUUUGGGGAACUGAGAGACCAGCAGGAGCAGGUCAAGGAGGACAUGGAGACCAAGUGCUUCAUCUGUGGGAUAGGCAACGACUACUUCGACACGGUGCCGCACGGCUUCGAAACCCACACCCUGCAGGAGCACAACCUGGCCAACUACCUGUUUUUCCUGAUGUAUCUCAUCAACAAGGACGAGACGGAACACACGGGGCAGGAAUCUUACGUGUGGAAGAUGUACCAGGAAAGAUGUUGGGAGUUUUUCCCAGCCGGGGACUGUUUCCGGAAACAGUAUGAAGACCAGCUGAAUUAAUUCAGACCCGAUCACCUAGAAACCCUAGCACCCUCACCCUCCCUGGCCCUCUGCCUGCCUCUCUCUCUCUCUCUCUCUCUCUCUCUCUCUCUCUCUCUCUCUGAAUCUCUUUCUGACUCUCUCUCUGACUCUCUCUGACUUUGUCUCUUGCAAACAUCCGCUGAUGUGAGAAUUGCCGCCUUCCAUGCUUUCUGGGAGCAGUGACGCUGUGUUCCUGGCUGGGCCUUCCCCACCUCGUGUAUUUCCUUUGAGAAUAAAGACUGAAGAAUAAUCUGUACUCAUACGCAGACAACAUAGGAACUCCGGAAAGAAAGCCAUCUGGACACUCAGGCAUAACACAGACAGACGUCCUUCCGUCCUCCCGAGACGCUGGGAGCUCCCUGCGGGCAAGGUCACAGGGAAGGUUGGCCGCGCCCUGGGCUCCUCACUUCUCCAUCCUGGGAGGGACCUGGUGGUCCCGCAGCUGCAGUGCCUCCGCCGGUGGCGAGGGAAACAGUGCCUUACUCAGUGGGCUGAGCUAUGCAGAAGACGCGCGCGGAGCAUCUUUGUUUUCAUGUCCACUUCGUUUCCUUCGGUUGAUUUUGUGAGUUGUUCCCUUUGUUCUUUUGCUUUGUGGGGGAGGGUAGAACAGCAGUCCGUGCACUUUUCAAGGAGCCGGUGGCCGGUCUCGUGACGAGGGGCUCCUCUCAUCCUCCCACCCACGCCCCCCACGGCCCAGCUCCCCUUUCCGCCAUGCUCUGAUGCAACCCUGCAACUCGAUGAAAUCCUUGUGUGAAACAGACUGCAGACAACACACUUUCAAAAGAACUCAUUGCAUGUUUAUGAUGCAAGUUUCAACUGACAGAGAAACCCUCCGAGGCCAGCUGGUCCCGCGAGAACGUUCCCUGUCACUGGUCCACGGGACAGAGCGCCGUGGGCCCCCGUGUCCGCAGCCAGCACCGUCCACCCACCAUGACCCGCUGUGGACCUGAGCCGUCCCGGGUGGUCCCCUCUUCCCGCCACCUGUGACCAGCGGCUGAGUAAGGACUUCUCGUGCGACCAUUUCUCAAUAUCGAUGCUGAAGCAAUAUCCAUUCAGGGAGUUCAUCGGUUGCAUAAAGCCACGGGUGAUGAGAUCAGUCACUCCAUUUGGGGUCCUUUUCAGUGGAAGGCUGUUCUUUACAGAGAGAAAGGCAGUUGGGAAUGGAAGCGAGGCCACGUGGCCAACCCUGGGGCUCUUUUAUUUAGGAUUGUAACACUGCUCUGAUUAAACUAUUUAACUAA